CCCGCAGCCCACCCCAUGCCCGAGCGGGGCGGAGCUGUCCGGCUAGCCCAGAGCCCCGCUGUGGCGGAGAGCGCCGCGAUGCGCAAGGCAGAGGCCCGGCCACGUCAGCACGACCACCCCGGGGGCACCCCGAGGGGAGCGGGGCCGAGCCUGGCGCCCCCCGGACCCAUGGAGAGCCCCGCGGGGCUGAGCCUGGAACCAUCCCUCUACACCGUGAAGGCAAUUUUUAUCUUGGACAGUUUUGGUCAAAGGCUUUUAGCCAAGUAUUACGAUGACACCUUUCCAUCCACGAAAGAACAGAAGAUCUUCGAGAAAAACAUCUUCAACAAAACUCACAAGACCGACAGUGAGAUUGCUUUCUUGGAAGGGCUAACCAUCGUCUACAAAAGCAGCAUCGACCUCUUUUUAUAUGUGGUGGGCAGUUCCUGUGAAAAUGAGCUGAUGCUGAUGUCGGUUCUCAGUUGUCUCUUUGAAUCUCUCAAUCACUUGCUACGAAAAAAUGUGGAGAAGCGGACGCUGGUGGAGAACAUGGAUGGGGUCUUCCUCGUGGUGGAUGAGAUUGUUGAUGGAGGUGUGAUUCUUGAAAGUGAUCCCCAACAAGUUGUACAGAACGUGAACUUCAGGGUAGAUGACAGUCCUUUAUCAGAGCACAGUGUCACUCAGGUUCUGCAGUCGGCCAAAGAACAAAUUAAGUGGUCCUUAUUAAAAUAAACAUCUAGAACAAAA